GGCAGUAUGAAAUCUACGUAGGGAAAAGAACCUGCAGGCAACCUUGCAGCCGAAAUCGCUCCCGAAGUCUGCCAUUCACUGACAGAACGGGUGCCGGUAAUCCAAAAAACUUAAAAAAUGUCAGACGAGGAGAGCCGUGUGCUGCGGAGUCGACGGGUAAUCUCAAAACAGUCUGUGCAUUCUGAGCAGGAGGAUGUCGCAAGAAGAACUGAAGAAGACAGAGUGUUUAGGACAGUGAGUAAUGGACUUGUGGAUCUGGAGCAUGUGAUCAGCAGGAAAAUGGAAAUGAGAAAAAAGGCAGAGCACCUGAAGAAUGAGCUGAUGAAGGAGGUGGAUGGGCACUUGAAUGAGUUUGUAAACAACUUGAUAGAAGAAUCCACAGUCCUAGAGAACACACAGUCUUUCUACCCUGGGAAUGCAGAGAAAGACAGCCAAAAAGCCAGAGGACAGAGGGCACUUCCUGAGCAUGGAAAGCUCUUUGUUUCAAGACGUUCACUUUUGGAUGAACUCUUUGAAGUGAAUCACAUUCGUACCAUCUACCACAUGUUUAUUGCUCUUCUUAUACUCUUCAUCCUGAGUACUUUGGUUGUGGACUUCAUAGAUGAGGGCAGGUUAGUUUUGGAGUUUGAUCUUCUAGUGUAUGCUUUUGGGAAAUUCCCUAUUGUAAUCUCCACAUGGCUCUGCAUGUUCCUGAGCACUUUCCUCAUUCCCUAUGGACUUUUCUCUGCAUGGGCCCGGGGUUACCGGGCAUCUUUUCAUCGUAGCAUCCGUUCUGUUUUCUUCGGCCUUCUCUUCAUGACCUUUCAGAUGCUGGGCCUUGGGUUUAUGCCUACAUACAUUGUAUUGCACCAUGACUUACCCCCCGCAUCUCGGUUUAUCAUCAUUCUGGAGCAGGUUCGGCUCAUUAUGAAAUCGCAUUCGUUUGUAAGGGAAAACGUUCCUCGAAUAUUUGCCUUUACAAAGGAGAAAUCAUCAAUUGUUCCUGUCCCCCAAGUUACACAAUACUUGUACUUCCUGUUUGCUCCUACACUCAUAUAUCGAGACAGUUACCCAAGGAAUCCAUCUAUUCGAUGGGGUUAUGUUGCCACCAAAUUUGCUCAGGUGCUAGGAUGUCUCUUCUACGCCUACUAUGUUUUUGUUCGUCUUUGUAUCCCACUUUUCCGUAACAUAAGUCAGGAGCAAUUCAGCCUUCGAGUCCUGGUACUCUGCAUUUUUAACUCCAUCCUUCCAGGUGUCUUGGUGCUGUUUCUGGCUUUCUUUGCAUUCUUGCAUUGUUGGCUCAAUGCUUUUGCUGAAAUGCUGCGGUUUGCAGACCGAAUGUUUUACAAGGACUGGUGGAAUUCCACGUCAUUUGCCAAUUAUUACAGGACCUGGAAUGUUGUGGUUCAUGAUUGGCUGUACUACUAUGCCUACCGAGACUUUCUUUGGAUUUUUGGCAGGCGCUUCAAGUCAGCAGCCAUGUUGUGUGUGUUCACUGUCUCUGCUGUGGUUCAUGAGUAUGCGCUUGGCAUUUGCUUUGGAUUUUUCUACCCAGUUCUCUUCAUCCUCUUUAUGUGUUUUGGCAUGCUUUUUAAUUUCAUUCUACAUGACCGUCGGAAAGGUCCCAUUUGGAAUGUGAUCAUGUGGACAUCCUUAUUUCUGGGUCAGGGGGUCCUCAUCUGUCUGUAUUCCCAGGAAUGGUACGCCCAGCGCCACUGUCCAAUCAACAAUCCUGCCUUCAUUGAUUUCUUGAAACCACGUUCUUGGACUUGUCGUCUCCAGCUUGAAGAUUAGCGCUAACAGAAUGAUGCCUCUCAUGCUGCCAAGGGCCAGUACUUUUUUUAUUCUGGUAGAAAAAACAGCUGCCCUUCUCCAUCUGGACUAUGUACUGAUGUACCAGAAAUGAAGAUGCAGCUAUUGCUUAAUGUUUUUGUUAAAUGAGUCAUGGAUUAUAAUUGUUUGGUCUUGUUGUUCUUGAUUCUGAGCCAGUUCCUAUGGGCCAGACAGCUGAACAAAAUGUUAGGCGAGACUUUGCACUCUCUUACUGUAUGGAUGUUUGAAUACUGUAAAUUCUCUCUUUUACCAAAAUUAUUGUGAAUGUAAGGAAUAACUGAGAAGAUUAUUCCAGGCAUUUUUGUAUGUACCCUUGCACAGUGCCACUACUAAUAGAUGAAGCAAUGUAUUUUCAAAGGACUCAAGCCUGAAUAUGUACUUGCUGCAUUAAGAAGCAAUAAUAAGUAGGAAAUCCUUACAUUCCUCCAUAAUUGCCAAAGAUCGCAGUGCUGUUGCAGAUAUACUUUUUAUUUCAAAAUACCAUGAAAAACACACAGCUGAUUGUAUGGUCACAACUUUACUUUUACAAAUUGCACAUUUUUAAUAACAGAAGAAGGAUGCGAAUAACCAGGGGUGCCAGUUUUUGCUGUAUCCUAAUUUUAUAAAAAGAAUAUUCUGCUAUUUCCAAGUAACAUACUUUUCAGGUUUGGGGCAAACCCAGGCAUAGGCAUACAAUAUUAUGUUACCGUGCAAAUUCUAAAUAUCUUUUGUGCACCUGCCUUAUUAUUUUCUCUGAGAGCAUUGUGUUAAGGUUUUCUUCCUGAAUGCACAGGGUUAAACUUUUGUUUCAGUAAAAUCAGUAUUGGUGCCAUUUUUUUUCUCCUUUCUAUAAUGGUUCAUUAUAUGAAAAAUACACGCUGGCUUGGGUUUUGUUAAUUUCUACUGGUUCCCCCCCCCCCCCCCCCCCCCCCCCAAAAAAAAAAAUCUCUUGGAGGAUGUGAGUAGCUGGAUACUUAGUAUUGCUAAAAAAAUGCAGCAUGUUCAUUCUGAGUAACUGUUUUAAAUUAUUGUUGUUAUUUCUGUAGACUGAAAAACUGUAAAAGAUGCUUUUGUAGAAACAGUGACUUUUUUUUUUUUUAAACUUCCUAUUGGAUAAUAUUCUGUUGCACAAUGGUUGACCAAAUGAAGAAACUGAAGCGUACAAGAGGUUGACAAGCCACUUAAAAAGGGAGAAUUAACAUCUUACGCUUCAAUGUACAGACUACUUGGGGGUGACGGUAAUAACUGAACUGUGAGCGGCUUCAAAUUACUUCUUUAUCUCCACACUGAUUUUGUAAUAAUAUUUCAAGAAAUUAAGCAACAGCUUCCAGAAUUUCAGUGCUCUCCUGGCCUAUAAGAACAUGUAUUUUUCCAGGGUUCCACGUUUGUAAAAUCGCACCAGUCUGGACAACACAAGCCCACUUUGUGGACUUUAUAAAAGGAGUUGCAUAUAGGUAGACUUUGGUCUGAUAACAGUUCACUGGGAAAUAGUUUUUUUGCCUUUGCUAAGUUUACAACUAACUGGUGGCCUGGUAUUGCCAGUCUGUAGGUUUUCCAGUUUUUUUACAUAUAUAUAUUUUUGUAUUCCGUCCUCAAAUUGCACUCUCUGUUCUGGAAUAGCAGAUUAUAUAUUUAAACAUGAAGAUGUUGAGUAAUCACAAAAUGUUGAGCCAUUUUAUUGUGUGAGAUUAUUAGUUUUAAGUGAAAGUAAGUAUUAAACAUGGACAGCAAUGAUUGUGUAUCUCAUGUGAGUCUUAAUUUUUACUUAUCAAUGAAAUCAAUGUUUAAAAUGAAGUUGCUGCUUGUUCUACUAAAUAAAAAUUACUAAGAGCUA